AGCAAGAUAAAGCAAAUGGCAGCUCCUCUGCCUCUCAUUCUCAGAAACCCUCCUCACCGUCUCUGCACUCACCACCUCCUCCCUCCUCUUUCCACCACCACCAUCAAACCCUUCUCUCUGGUUUCUUUCUCCUCCAACACCAGGUCCUUUCCCAUCCUAAAGUCCACUCAGAUGGAAGGGGGUGAAAUUACAGAGGAAGUUACUGAGACAAGUUCAACUGAGACCAAUGUGAUUGGGAAGAAGAAAAUAUUUGUGGCUGGUGCCACUGGAAAUACUGGUAAAAGAAUUGUUGAGCAGCUGCUGGCCAAGGGUUUCUCAGUUAAAGCCGGAGUUCGGAACUUGGAGAAAGCGAAAGUUAGCCUUCCCUCAGCCAACCCAGCUCUUCAAAUUGUGAAGGCAGAUGUGACAGAUGGUUCUGCUAAGUUAGCAGAAGUGAUAAGUGAUGAUUCAGAAGCUGUGAUUUGUGCCACUGGAUUCAGCUACGGAUGGGAUGUGUUUGCUCCAUGGAAGGUUGAUAAUUUUGGCACAGUCAACCUCGUUGAAGCAUGCCGUAAACUUGGUGUGAACCGGUUUAUUCUUGUGAGUUCCAUCUUGGUCAAUGGAGCAGCAAUGGGGCAGAUUCUCAACCCAGCUUACAUCUUCCUCAAUGUUUUUGGGCUCACCUUAAUAGCAAAGCUUCAGGCAGAGAAUUAUAUCAGGAAGUCUGGUAUAAACUACACGAUUAUAAGGCCCGGUGGGUUGAGAAACGACCCUCCAACCGGAAAUCUUGUAAUGGAGCCAGAGGACACUCUUUCAGAAGGCAGCAUCUCUAGAGACCUGGUUGCAGAAGUGGCUGUCGAGGCAUUACUGAAUCCUGAAGCGUCUUACAAGGUUGUGGAGAUAGUUUCGCGGCCUGAUGCCCCUAAGCGUUCGUAUGAGGAUCUUUUCGGUUCCAUCAAGCAACGGUGAUCUUUCACUCACUCAGUGUCAUUCCGGAAUCCAGAUUACUAUGUUGCUUUGCCUAUAUUCCUUUUGCAUUACUCUUUUUUUUAUUUUUUAUUAAAUCGGUAUAAUAUAUAUAUAUAUAUAUAUAU